AUGCAUUCCACACAAGUUCUGAGCCUGCUUGCUGCAGUCGGCUUCUCAACCGCAGUCGACGCACUGGCGAUCCGACAAACAACCGCCGCUUGGCAGACUCUGCCUCCGACACCAGCCUUGCCCACGCCCGUCAACACAACCCUGAGCACCAUCAACGGCGCCGACCUGUGGCUGCAAAAGUACAACGAGGAGGCCGGCGGCACACCGAUCGUCCUCGACCACGGCGGACUCGGAUACAGCGCCUACUUCGCCGACGUCAUCAAGCAGCUCGUGGCCAACAAGCACUACAUCGUGGCGGUGGACCGCCGGGGCCACGGGCGCAGCACAUACGGGGCCAGCGACGUCUUCACCUACGACAUGUUCGCCAACGACAUCUUCGCCCAGCUCAACGAGCAGGGGAUCCAGUCGUACAACGUGGUCGGGUGGUCCGACGGCGCGGCCACGACGCUGGCCAUGCUGCAGAACACGACCAUCGCGCCCGGGAUCCAGAAGGCCUUCGUCUUCGCCGGCUUCAUGGUGCCCGAGGACACCAACGCGACCUUCACGGACACGGCCAUCUACACCGAGUUCGUGACGCGGUGCGCCACCGAGUACGCGACGAACCUGCCGAGCGCCAACUUCACCGACUUCGCGACCAAGGUCGCCAGGCUCGAGGGCACGCUGCCGCAGUUCACGGCCGCGGGGCUGGGCGCCAUCGACGGCAAGAAGGUCGCCAUCGUCGGCGCCGACCACGACGAGGCCGUCAACCUCGACGUCCCCGCCAAGCUGGUCGCCGCCAUCCCCGGCAGCACGUCCGUGACGCUCACGGACGUCAGCCACUUCGCGCCUGUGCAGGACCCGGACCAGUUCACCAAGGCGGUCGAGAGCUUCUUCGCUGCUGCUUGA